AGAAAAAUUUAGAUUGAACCUUGAAGGUGAUGAAGAUUAAUGGCGAAAUCUUGAAACUGAAAACACCAGUAACAACGUUGGACGUAGUAAAAGACUACCCAGGUCAUGUUUUACUGGAAUCAGAAGCAGUGAAGAAGUUUGGUGUCAGAGCUAAGCCACUGAAACCGGAAAAAGAACUGAAGCCAAACAAAAUAUAUUUCCUUGUUGAAUUGCCUUCAUUUCCUAAAGAAGAAAUUAGUAGAGUUCCAAGAAGAGUGAAAUCGGUUGUUCAGAUGAGUGCAAAGGAUCGCCUCGAGUGUCUCAUGUUAACACGAAGAUCGGCUUCUGAUUUGUCGAUUUCGAAGCUGAAUAAUGGACCGAUUCAGUUGAAGAUGAAGCUGCCGAGGAGUUUAGUUCAGAAGCUGGUAGAAGAAGGGGAAGUAAAGAUGAAGCAUAGCGAUGAAGUGAUUGGUCCUUUGAAUAGGAAUUCUCUACUGGUAUUUGUGGAAGCACUCUUGGAUUGGACAGUUUGUGUGACUCAGUUGAGUUGGGGAGGUGCAGUCCUGAUGGCUUAUUUGCGUGCGGGCAGAUCUCGGAGGGUUCUCAAUGGUUUAACUACGGUUUGA